GACCCGAGAAAACGCGGCGAAGGAGAGCUGUGCAGAGGAGUGCUGCGCAGGAGGCGCGGGGCAUGGCUGCGACAGUGUUGGGCUUAGGGUUCGCAGAUGAAGACUCGACGACGCUGCUGUUUGGUACCGGGAGAACAAUAAAACCAGUCCCACGCAGUCUUGCAACACAGACGCUUUAGCCACCUCUCGGGCUGGAGAAGAAGAAGAAGAAGAAGAAGAAAAGCGGGCCGCGAACUGUCAGCACAAGAAGUGGAAAAGCGAAAAGGUUUUGGAAACAUGUUCCGUGCGUUUUCUUCCCCAAUGAAAGCGGAGCGCAGCCGGAACAAGGAGCGGCUGGAGGCGAGCUUGGCCGGCCUGUGUGAGCUGGACUUACUGAAACAGAGGCAGGAAUGCCUGGUGCUGAGCGCUCUCCGCCUCGGGGACUCCUCCGUCCCCGCGCGUCUGGCCUGGGGAGACCUGCGGCCGGAGCGCGGUUACGCUUUGGACGUCUCCAAAGGAAGUGCGCCGGGCGACCACGGACUCAGGCGCCAGCCAAGCAUUCUCCAGUGUACCCCCUGGGGUAUAAUGGUGUCUUUAGAGCAGCAGGUGGCAGAACUGAAGGUGAACGCUGAAGCCAGCAGGUCAGUGGAGUCGCCUUCUGACCGGGGGGAGCUCCAAUGCAGUUCUGGCCAGAUCCUUGCAUCCAAUUCAGAUGGACUUCCUGACUCUGGUUACCGCACCUCAGUCAUGGGCUCCUAUUCAGCCCUUUAUCCCUCCAAGGAGAGUGUUGCUGAAGGAACAGGGGAACCAGAUAAAGGGGAAACGUCACCCUUGGACCCUAGGAGUGGGACACAGGGUGAGGAUGACUUAGGAGAGAUGGAAGAUGGCGAGCCCACUGAAGAAGAUUAUCAACAAGCCCAACGGGCCGAGACUUACAUGUUUGGACUGAUCCAACGCCGAGCAGUACCACCGCGCUCUUCUAAGCCCCGCACCAGCCUGUCACAUGAUACCCGAGCUGUCACCGUGACAAGGCAGAGCAGUUUAUGUCGCAAAGAAAACCAGAAUUUACCCAUGCAGGUUUCGAAUCAGGGGAUGCCCGAGCUCCCUGCUCCAUCCCAAGUUCUGGAAGUAUCUCAUAGCCUGGAUCAUGAGCAUUUUCUGGCGACGGGGUUUGUUGAAGAAUCCCCACAUUCCUACCAUCACCUCCAGCAAAGUAGCCAGCACCAGCCAGAACCCUACCCCAGACCCAGGCAGCCUUCCCUGGUAAAAAGCCCCCGUUCAACUUCUGUGGAUUAUCAGUCCUGCAGAGUGUUUCAAGGCCGCCAGGACUCCAGCAACAGUGAGCCUGAUUCACCCCAGCGCAUCCAAAAUCACCCCUUUCCUCCACCUGCACCACCGCCUAAUCCACAGCCUUCCCCCGAUGAGCAGUUGGUCAAUGCUGAGUAUAUCCCAGCCCAGCCCUGCAGGGCCUCUACCAGAACCUCAGCCCAUCAUCACUCCAACUGUCCCAGGGGCUCUGGGGGAUCCAAGCCCGGUCGAAGCACAUACUCUCCAGAAAGAUCCUCCCACCAACACCAAGAGCAGCAGCCCACAGCUUCACAGAUUCAGCACUCCAGGUCCAGAGCAGGUCCCAAAAAGUGCCGCUCCAAUGAAGACAAAGGAGGGGCCUCAAAGAAGCCAGGGAAGAAGGCAUGCCGGUCUCAGUCCGAGAACAGCCUCCAACGAGCUCCAGAGCGUAAGUACAGUACGAUGGAGAGAGAUGGAGGUGGAAGUGGAAGUGGUGGAGGGGGGAGCCGUGGCAGUCAGUCCAAGGGGAAGAAGCUGCAGCAAGGGAGCGGAGGCUACCGACGCUGGCGGUCCACCCUGGAGCUCAGCCAAGAUGAGGCUGAUCAGCCACCUGCACAGGCACCUCAACCACCCCCUUCAGCCCCAAGCCAAAGAGACCACUGUGCCAGACGCACCCGUAAAUCUCGCCCCACACACUCAUCAUAUGCCUAUCCCCACCAUAGUCAUAGCCACCAUCACUCUAAUCAUCACCAGCAUGUGGAGUACCAGAUGGAAAGGGAUCAUAUCCGGCUGUCUCAGCCCGACGAGGGCUACACUCAUCAUGGUCAUGUUGAAUCUGAGUCAAGCAUGAGUGAGGCUGACUCCCCAGAUUCCAGCUCCUUGUCCAGUGACUCAGACGAAAGUGGGGGUCUGGUAUGGCCCCAACAACUGCCCCCCCAGCUUUCACUCCCAUCUCCCCCUGCCCCUCCUGGAGUCCCACUGCAGCACAAGGCUUUUGUCAAGAUCAAGGCAUCACACGCCCUGAAGAAGAAGAUCCUGCGCUUCCGCACCGGCUCCCUAAAGGUAAUGACCACUGUAUAGGACUGCGGGACUGGAUGCUGGGAGGUGUUGGAGAAAAGUGCGGCAAUCUGGCCAUGAGACCUCCAGUUUUACCUUUUUUUCUUCUGGGCGCUGUAGCUGCAGCUCUAUGGGCUGUGUGGAGCAGUGGACUAGAGUAUGCAGUGAAUAUAACAGCUCAUACAUACAACUCAUGCAAAAACAAUUUGACCUUAUAAAUACUAUGAUCUAGGCCAAAUGGAAUUAGUGACGAGAGAUCAGCCGCCGAGCCUAAUGAAGACAUUUCAAUACCUGAAACCUAUUUAGAGCAACCUUUACCUGCCAAUGAAACAAUUUGUACAAAAGGUAUUAAUUUGUAUUUAGAUUGUUAACAUCUUGUUGUACAGGGUCCUCCUCAUUUAUAAAACAUACUUACACAACCCCCUAAUAGAGAAUAAAAUAGGCCAUGAUAACAGCUGGUGAUGCAACUCUUAUCAAAUUUCUUUUUAAUAUCCCGAAUGUGGGACAGAUUCAUAAAAUCUCAAGACUUGCACUGUUUUACAGAAUAAUUCAGAUUUGCUGGCCCACUGCAUGCUGCAGAUUUAGUUUUAGUUUAGUAUUAGUUUCAUUGUAUCAUUUAAACUAUUUAUGUUCAAAAAUCUACAGUGAAAUGACAUGAAACUGUGUAGAAUGGUCCCCAGCAUUUAAUUUCUUUUGGAAAAAAAAGAAAGAAAAUCAGUCAUGAACCCAUCAAAUGAUGGUCCAGAUCACCCCAAACAAUCCAUUUGACCCACUGACUUCACUUCUACCCUUCUUCUCUGAAACCAUGUCUGGUUUCUUUGUGGGGUAUAGUAGUGUAACGGUACAAGUUCAGUAGUAUGCCUGAAUCCUCAUGGCCAGUAGGUGUGCUACUGAAGAAGGUAAGAAGGUUGUGCUCUUCACUAAGACAACAUCAAAUCAUUCUGUCCAGAAAUAAAUGACGGUGGCAAACAAUGCAAAAAUGUUAGCAAAGAAAAAAAGAAGUAUUUUGGUUAAUAUGUGGUACUGUGUCAUAUUACCAAGAUUGCCAAAGCUCUAGCAAAACCCUCACUUUGUCAAGAAUUUGCAAUUAAAACAAGUUCCAUCAGACAAAGAAGUAAUUUUCAAUGGCAAAACUCUGUGUAGGCUUUUACAAUUGUAGCAGUUGCUAAUAUGCUAUAACGUUAGCAGUGGUACUGUGGGUUGCUAAUAUGCUAUAACCUUAGCAGUGGUACUGUGGGUUGCUAAUAUGCUAUAACAUUAGCAGCGGUACUGUGGGUUGCUAAUAUGCUAUAACGUUAGCAGCGGUACUGUGGGUCGCAAGAUUAAAUGCUCCACUGAGUAUUCUUCAAGACAAUGGUGUAAGAAGUUGAUCAACACUUACACUUUCUACAGUUUAUAUCUUGAUAAUGCAUAUGGACUAACAAAAACCUGUUAGUCCAAAAUACUAUGAAAUAUUACAUUGUCACUUUGAGUAAGUAAUUGACAGUAUUAUCAUUUAAGGUGCACUACACCUCUUCCUAUUUACUACUACCUUCUCCCUUGUACUAAAUUUGUGUAUGAAACUGAGACCUUUUGUUUAAAUUAAAAACAAUGCCAAAACACUAUUAGAUUUUUUUUCUAUUCAUUAGAUCUGAAAAGAUGGUUUUAUCAACCCACUGCUCAAUCUGUGGCGCAAAUCCACAUUCUCAACCAAGACUUAUGUUGAUAUUUAUAAUGCAAAAGUUCCCUCACCACUUUUACUCUUUCAAAAAGUCCAUCGCUGUGAUUUAUUUAAAGCCAUUGAUCAGUCUGAACAGUCAAUAUGUGAUAUUGUCUUGAGUAUGUUCUGCACUUCAGUAUUUAUAAAAAGCAAGAGAAGAUAUGUUAUUUCUUCAGUUCCUUAUAAGAUAGUACUUAUUUUCUAUCUUCUGAAAAUCUGUCACCCGACUAUGAAAAAAAAUUCAUAAUAUGACCUAGGUUGGUCAUAAUAUGAAUUUUUUUGGCAAAGGAGCUACAGUACAUUACAUUUGAUUUUCAGUUUCAUCAUAAGGGCAGGUUGGACCAGUUUGGCACUGAUGAAAGCUGCUUUACCCACCCUGCUAUGUGUCACCAAAUGGCCAAUGCAUGCUUGUGUCCCCACACAGCAGGCAGCCCACACACAGACAGGCUGUUCACACCUGGCAUCAACAUGCGUCUUGGGUGAUCCGAUCACAAGUGGACAGCUCUAAGUACGUCAGUUCACACCUGGCAUCAGAAUGCGUCUCCACAUGUGUCUCGAGUGACCACUUGUGAUUGGAUCUCACUUUCCCUGCUCUAUAUGCAAAUAAACACGUACAUCACUGUGGAA